AGCGAUCCAGGGGCAACAAUUCCGUUCGUAAUAUGACGGACGGACAUGACAGUGAGACGACAAAACACGAAUCCGACAUCGGGUGAUAUUGCAUAGGUUGCAGUCGGGUCCCGCAUUCGACACCUCUUGCCUUGUGAUGGGUGACACCUGAUAACAUUUUGGCGUCUAGACUGGGAUAAGGUACGUACGACGGCGCACUCAGGAAAAAAAAGAUUCAAAAAAGGGAAAAAAAAUCAUCCAAUCACCCCCUUUAAUCAGGAAAUAGCCUUCGAAGCUGGAGUCUAAUUUUAUCCCAGGGCCUAGAAUUUCCGAUAGUGCUGUCACCAUCUUGAACGUGCGAAAUAAUGGGUAAAUUCUAUAAGCUUUCUCGGCGAUAAGAACUUAACCGCCUGUAAGCAGGAAAUCUUGCUUGGUGUGCGGGUUUCUUUCAGUAUACAUCUCUUUACAAACUGAGGAAAAGACAACUUACUCGAUCAAUAGAUGCAGUUUUAUGUAUUCGUUAUGAUAUGAUAUGAUAAACCACCAAUUGAAAGCCCGACCAGAUUUCAAGUCUAGAAUAUUACCACCCAACACUUUUUUUCUCUCACUAUUGCGGUAUGUAGAUAUUUUCUUGCUUCUUACUCUUUUAAUCUGCCCACCAUAUUUCCAUAUUUGAUGCUGAUAACGAAUAUUGUCUUUUAAAGGAAAAACAGGAAAAUUCUAUAAUUAAAAGUUGGAUGAAAGCUUUUAUUGGUGCUCUAAUUACCCAAAGAUUAGCCUCUCUAUGGGGCUUGUUUCCUGACGCACGGCAAACUCGUACAAAUAAUUAUACUACUCUACCUAGAUAUUAAAUUCUAUGUAAAACACAACUGCAUGAAAAGAUCAGAAUAACAAGGAUUCAAAGGCCCAACAAUAGUUUUACUGCAAUAAAUUGAGACAAUCAAAAAAGUUAUACUCCCUGUUAUAUUGAGAUGUCUUUGUUGACGAAAAUAGUCAUUUUAUCUAUCAAGAUAAAAUUGUAAUAACUCUAAAAAUGAGCACAUCGAUGAAAGAAGCUUUCAAAAUAAGAGACCUUCAACCGUCAUUACCAAAUCGUAUUUGUUCUCAAUUCCAAUAGCGAAGGAUAUUAACUUACUUUCAGUGAAUACCUGUUGAAAAAGAGCACAUAAAAGUGAUAGAGCUAUUCCUGUAACCCGCUUCCCACACAUUUCCGAUACCGUAGAGUCCAUUAAUGCAUCACAGGAUUACAGGGAAGAAAGAGUUACUCCCGAUUUUACAUACUAGCCGCCCAUGCACUUCUGAGAGGAACCUACAGUGCGCAUGCGCGAUCGAUAUCAACAUCUCCACUCAUGCGCACUAUGGGAAAAUAAUGAACAAGCCAGCACAUUAGGGAUAUCUGGUAUCCGCAAUAUUGCGCGAAACGCGCGCCCAUAAAGUCAAGCCAUUGUCCGCGAUAUUGAAAACUCAUUAGUUAAAUGAAUGUGAAUGAAAAAUAUGCCGCCAUAGGAAGAAUCCGUCUUGCUCCGAACAAUGCCCGCCCAAAUCCCAUAAGAGAGGGACACGCUUGGGGAUCUCGACCACAGACGACCUUAGCCUGAGGCGUACUAGCGGCCUUGGCGUGAGCCUUCAGGGAAUUACCAUGCUUAUGGUUCUAGUAACGUGGUCGUGUCUCCAUAUUCUUGUCUCUAGUGAACACAGCACCGAGCCUCAAUUCACCAAUUUAGGCUGGAGAUGGGCGGAGGAGAAUGCGAGCAUACCAAGCAGCCACGAUCACGAAGUCAUAGAAGAACUGACGACAAUCAGUUUGAAUGAAAACACAAGCUGCGCCGAGCAGAUUGAGAAAAUUCUGAACAGCUUGCCUUUCUUGGAUGACGACCUGAAUUACGAGACAGUAUAUGCGAACGGCACUCGCACCCUGACUCUAGUCCGACAGUUUUCUCCCCCCUGGUCAGGAGAGAUGAGGGCAGGAAACACUGAACUCAAGGGAGCACAGAGGGAGAGUAGAUCCAUUAGACGGAAGUUACGGCGAGCUCAAAGGAAGCACUUGAUGAAACUCUCAGCAAAUAGUAUCAUUGGCACCGAUGAUAGAACCACAAUCGGCCCAUUCCGCGCGCAAAUGGUCCCCUACUCAUCAACAGCGAGGGUGUCCUGUGGUAGAUUUUGUCCGUGGGGAUGUACCGGAGUCUUGGUAGGACCCAAGCACGUACUGACCGCCGCUCAUUGCGUCGCCAACGAAAAACCGCACAAUUUAAAAGUAGGAUUUUUGCAGCGCAACGGGAUGAUGAAUUGGUAUAGCGUUUCAAGGUUCGCCAUGUCGCACAAAUGGCGAAAGAACGACAUCGCAUCCGACUACGCGCUUAUUGUGCUGAACUCGUCUCCAGGCCUCCCUGCUGUUGCUAUGAGCGCGGUACCACUCAGUACCAGCACUCAGCUGUCAUUUACAGCUUUUGACAACAACCUAACGAUGCGCAUGUCACGCUGCAAACCGCUUCCCUACAGCUCUCGAGACGUCAUGGUGACCACGUGUGACGCGACCAAGGGAAAUUCUGGGGCGGGAGUGCUGGCGAAAGGUGCUAAACACGGCAAAGUACUUGUCGGUAUGCUGUCCGCCUCUCGUUUGCAAGUCAGUCUUUCUGGUCAGCGGCGUGUGUAUAACGUUGCCACUAAAUUGGACAGAAAAAAAGUGAAGCAAAUAAAGCAAUGGCUCAGCAAGUUUAGUUGACGUUAGAGAUUUGACACAAUACGGGUUAUACUGGAAGUUAUUUUGAGAAAUAGAUUAUUUAUGCAUACCUAACAAGCAAUACAUAAUAAAUUAUUUGUGCAUUAAA